GCUAUGGUAAUUCACAGGCAUCUAAUUAAUUGACACAAAACAAAGAAAACUUGUCAACUACCGGCAUUCAGCAAUAAAUUUUAUGAUUGGGUGAAGUUAGACCCGAGUUCAAUGCCCAUCGAAUGUGCUACAUUUAUCAAAACGAUUUGUGUUUAGUGAUCCUAAAUUGAAACGGGCAUUUAUUUCGGCCAUCAUCGCACUGCUGUUGCCAUUAAAACAGCCGUUAAAAUCGUCCUAGAUGGAGUUUACAAUCUCACGGUCGCAGCCCUCUAAUCAACCAAUUUGUUUUACAAUUAGUGGUGAAGUACCAAUUCCUGUCUUUUUCUUCCUUUGGUAGUUAUCCUGUUCAUUCAAUUCCAGUCCCAGAACAAAUGUAAUCUAAGGUUUGUUUUGACGCAAACCACGCAAACCCCAUACCUACUUUUCUCCUCCAAUCGUUUUCAUGCUUUACCAUACAGCAACAUUUUUCGUUUGAAGGUAUAGCUAAAAAGCAAAUGUGAGGUGGGAAAUCUUCCAAACUGCUGAGGUGGGUUCCAUCUGCACAGUUUCGGACACAAGCAUAUGUUCCGAAACCACCCCCCCCCCCCCCCUCACCGUUUCUUUUUAACGAAUCCUAUUCUUUGAGGCAUCAUAACCCUCUAAUGACAUAAUUUUUUGAUAUGCUAAUAUUCACGAAGCUCAAUGACACUACCAACUACGUAUACUGCAUUGCGUUUUCUGCUUUGUGCAUUUUUUACAUUUGGCAUUUACAUAUAAAAAUAAACGUUUGGAACAUAGGAAAUUAAAAAACAUUGAAGAAAGUAACUACGUUUCAAGGUGAAUAGCUCUCUGUUAUGAGAAUAGUGUCAAAGGUAGAUAUAUUCUAGAUUUACAAUUUUGAAGCUUUUUCAGUAUAGAAAUUAGCGAGGUUCUUUUGCAUGAAUGGCAACGUUUUUCAUAUCAAAAUUUCAUAAUAAGAGAGACCCUUUAAGUGUAUGCAAUCUUUUUUCAGGUGCUGGCAAUUUUAUACUGAUCUUUUUACUGUUGUUUCUAUGCAAUUCCAGCUCGUGAAACCAGUGGCGGAAAUUCCUUUUACAGGAGGGGGAAGGCAAAACCCAACAAACAAAUUUGUCGACAAAUAACAACAUUUACUGAAAAAACUGCAUUAAACUGUGUUUUAACCGACAGUUUAGCAAAAGCUGGGGGCACUUUGCAUAGAACUGAUGGUUGCUGGUAGCCUUAAAUGAAUAGAAUGAUGGCCCUCAUUACCACUGUUUGUUUCGAUUUUUGCGGAUGUGGCCACUCUAGCUACAUACUAUUAAAUAAUUUACAUGCUUAGUGAAAAGCAGAAAUACUUAAUUUAAAUUUGCAAUCGUAUGAAAACAGGUUCCAGUGUAAAAACAGAAGGAAACGUUGUAUGAUAGCCUUAUGAUACAGGCUACAUUGCUACUCUCUUCAAAUAGAAGGGAAAAUCUGUUUGGGGAUGUUCUAGGUAUUCACCUGUGCUACUGUUUGUCAAAAAGUAGAGCCACAAAAUAUUAUGUUUGUUUAUGCCUGAGACAUGUAUAACAAAUUGUGAGUUAGUAUAACAAGGAGAUUAAAAGUUUCAUUGCUAAUCGGAUGAAUCUUUUUUGCUGCAAGGAAAACUGUGAGCUUCUUUUAUUAGCUUUUAUCACAUAUUUGUUCAGCUUUCUUAUGUUUCACUGGAAAUGUUAAUGGGAAAAAUUUGCCUUUGUUUGCCUACUCGAGACUGUUUGCUUUGCUUUCUAAAAGAUACAUUUGAAGUCAACUAAAAUUAGAAGGAUAAACUUAAAAGAGGAUUUUGAAUGGGUUUGCUCAACAAAACCAGUAGUUUGUUAGUUUUAAAGAUAUCUAACUUUUAUAACAUGCAACAAAAAUAUCAUGUUACCCAUGAAGACCCACGAUUUCUUUUGCAAGAAAACAAACAUCACAGUUGCUGACGACAAUUUCUUUUAGACUGCACCUGGCUUUAGCUGCUAAGAAAUUAUUGAAAUAACUUGUUGAAUAUUCUUGAAUGCAACCAAAUAUUGUAUUAAUGUAGAAAAUGGCUUUCCACGCUUCUUGUCUUGCUUAGAGGUGGUUUAGGAUGAAGAAAGUAAUUUUUAAUGGGAUCAUUUUGCGAUCUUGGCUUAUUAUUAUUGCUUUGUUUGCGGUACGAAACCAAUUUAGAUAUUGAAUAAACGCAAGUUCUUUUAUAGUCAAAAGGCGUGUUAUUCAUAUUAAAAAAGAAUCGUGUGUUUUGGGGUUUCGUAAAUCUUACUUGAAGAUUGUUAAUAUUUCUAGUCAGGUGCGCCAACCCUGGAGGGGCUGCAGGGGCAGCUGCCCCUACUGUCCUCUUUCAGGAGGGCCAGUGGGGGCAAGCAGUGCCCUUCUAUUAAAGAAUUGUAGAACCCUUUGAAUAAUUGCUAAAUAGUUUAGUCCCUCUCAUUAUGUGUGUUAAUUUCCAUUAGAAAUAUAAAAAAAAUAGAAAAAUCCCUCUUUUUUGCAAUCGAUUUUUCAUAACAAAAUAUUAUUUUAAGAAGAAGAUAAUAAACUGAAAAAGCCAACGGCAUAAAAUACUGACUUUUGUGCACAUAAUCAAGGUAUUCAUUUUCAAUUUCAUGUAAUUAUUAUUUUCCCUUUUACACUCUCUAUGAUUCUGCAACCAUGCAAUAUUGAAACUGAGCGGAGUUUUACGACCAGCCCAGUUAUAAAUGCCAUGGUUUUCGCACAACCAAGAUUUCCGAAUAAUGACAAGACCCACUUGCAUGGAGAAUUUCGUCAACAUUAUGCAUAUGUUUAGAGCCUUUAGUUACAAAUUACCCAGCUCUAUGGGUAGAACAGAUCCAUGUUAAUGUCUUCAAAGGAAACAACUUUAUUUGCUUUACCUUUUGAACGUUCAUUUUCUUAUUACUUUGUUUCUGUUUAGCCUACAAAGCAGGCUAUUCUGACGUCACACUCGUGUAAAUGGCUUUUUUAUGAGCAAUGGUUUAGUGUCUAGCUCAGCUUUAAGUAUACGGUUGAAAAACUGGACGACAUUUUGGCUAUAAAACAUGACAUUUUUGCUAAAAAGCAUGACGUUCUGGCUAUAAUGAUUACUAUGACGUGUCUUAAAUCUCUUUUUCAAGAAGUCACUAAUCUCACUAUUUUGAUAAUUUGAUAUUUAACUCUAUUUCAUCUUCUUUGUUUUGCCAAUUGAAUCAACUUUCUUCUUUCAAUGAUUAGAACGGAAAAACUUUUAAUCCACAACAUCUCGUUAUAUUUUGAGAGCCAUUAAUAGAAUUUAAAGUUAAGUCAUUAACAAACAAAUGCAUAUGUAAAGUGCGGUAGAAUCAUAGCCUGAGUUCCAGACCCCUAACUACAGUACAUAAUCAGAGCCGUUGGAAACGGGGUAGGUUGCAUAGGAUGGCUGCAAAUGAUUGUUUAUUAUUUCCUUUAUAACAGCGUACUGAGCAGGAAGCACCCCUCUCCCCCAGAUAAUAAAUUUCCUUCCGACUGUAUUGUGUACAGAAUCUGCUUCUAAAGACUUUCUUAUUGUGGUAAUAUGCAUACCCAUGUAGACCAGGGGCAGUUGUCCUUUCAGAUGGAUAUUUCAGCAUGUUCUUUUGUAAGAUUCUACUUUGUGGGAUUGCUUAUCAGUGGCAGAGGGAAUAGGGGGACUAGGGAAUGGGGGACUAGCCCCCCAUUUUUUCAGGAAGUUGACCCUUGAGAUUCUUGCAAACCUGAUGAGAAAACUUUAGGGGGGGGGGUUAGUACGUUAUCUAGAUCGUCAUAUUUAAAUGACAUUUCUUGGGAGACAAGAGGUGUUUCAAACAGGGAAAAAAGCGACGAGGUCCAAAGGGCGUGGUUCCUGCCACACCUUUUGUCCCCCGACUUAUCCCAGACUGGAGCUGCCACUGAUUGCUUUAACUCUGUUGCAAGCUAUUUUAAAUGGAUAAGACGCGAAUGACCUUUUUCUUUCAUUAACGCCCUUGCUGUCCUUAAAAAAAGAUUGUUAUGUGUCUUAAAGUCCCAUCUCUUUCGAUUGGGCCAAAUAAGCCUAAUUUCUUGUUUGGAAGACCUCGUGUUACCCAAAGAUUUCUUUUUUGUAGCUUAAUUUGCCGAAUAUUAUCAACAAAAUUUCUUCUAUUUAUUUUCAAUUAUGAUACCUGCAAUAUUUGCUUCACAUUCUAAUGGGAAAAUCAGUUUCAGCAGCAAAGCAAAGCCUUUUUAUAAGAAUACUGAUUAAAAUAAAGCGAAAUCUUUGGCUUCCACGGUUUUUUCACUGCUUCAAUAUCUUUGUUCAAACAUUACACGAAUUAGGUGGUUGAAUUUGGGAAAAGCUGGUUGUUCUGUCAGCUUUUUUUUCAAAAACAUAAUGCAUUAGGCCCUCUGUCCCAAGUUUCUAUUCAAUAAUAGCAAGCAACAAGUAUUUUUGCUGGAAAGUCUGUGACUGCAAAUGAUAAGCUGGACUUUUUCAGUCGAGGGGCAAAUCACUUCAAGAAAAUCUCGUACACCUUUUGUGAAAAUCCUAUUGUUUUAACUGAAAAUCCCCAGAAAUUCUUUUGUUUUAGAGAAAAUCUCGUACGCUAUUUGCAAGAGUGAAUUGCCCCUCGUUUUCAGUUACUUGAGAAUGAAUAUGUGUCAAAUUGGGACAAAAUAGGUUAAAAUUAGCAAACAGAAAUAAAUGUAUUACCCUCCCCCCCUUACAAGCCAUUUUCAAAUCAAUACAUCACUAUUUUUGCAAUAACCUUUGCUUUUCAAGGAAUAAUUUGGAAAGUUGACUUAACUAGGGUAAAAAGAUAUAACAUGGUUAGUUAAGACUCCUAAAAACGUUAUAAAUGCCUUUUGAUUACUUUGUGUGCAAUCAAACUCAAUUCGCUUCCAUAGUUCAUAUGUACCUACAGAAGAAACAGAGGGUAAAUGCAUUUUGUGUCAAAAAACCCUUGAAUGAGUUGUUUCUAGGAACAAAGUUUCAACAUUCCUGACGUCAGAGCGAAUUCAACAUUGGUUAAGCAAAAUAUUUGGUAUUAUUGGUUAAGCAAUAUAUUUGACUUGACUGUUUGAAGCCAACUGAAGAAUUUGCCACAAUAUUCUGUUGUCAGUUAUUAUCGUGGACUUAAAAAUAUAUUAUGUGCAAGAGUAUCCAUUUGUUGAAGGCCACAAAGAAUUUGAUAAAAGCGUCAUGUGUCAUUUUGAGUGCCUGAUUAUUUUAAACCUUAUCGAAGAUAUUUCUUUUUUUCAAGUUACAUUAGUUUAAUGAUAUCUUGCACGCCUUUUUAUAAAAACAGCCCUCAAAACUAACAAAAAACUGAGAUUUGCCCAAAAAAUAAGAAUAACAUAAGAAACAAGGCAGGUUGAAAUUCAACAAAACUCAAGAAAUAACUUACCAGCAAAAAUUGGAAAAUGAAAAAACAGCAACAGAAAAACAGAAAGCGAUAAGCAAAAUAGCAUUAAUUACUUUAUCAAGCACGUGUCAUGUCCGGGCACUACCAUGCACAGGAAAUUCCAUUGCAAGAAUAAGAAACAUGCGAGGCUAACAAUAUUCGAGAAAUUAAGAUACGCCAUGCUGAAACUGGAGGCAAGUGUCCUUUUAAAAAAAACUUGUUUCAAAUUGAAAAUUUGGAUGACUUGGAUUGCAGUUAAGGUAGCAAAAAUCCAAAUCAUAUCACGCGAUCCGCACAUUUUAAAAGCUCUAUGAUAUACUGAGUAUUCUGGGACUGAACGGCCUAAAUUAUACAGCGCCGAAAGAACGAGAAUCGGACGGUGUGGCUAGAGACCUUUCCUUGUAUUUUGUCUUGUGUAUCAAUUGAAUGAAAAUUCUUUAGAAUUUCUGUAAUUUGUAUUUUUUCUACUCCAAGAACAGCUUGCAAGUUUCAUUAGGUCAGGAGCCACCCCGGAGCGGUGACAUCUUUAGCUCCAAUGUUUAGAAAACGUUGCUUUACCAUCCAUAGGGCAAUUGUUUUGUUUGAACUUGCCUGAAACAUUAUAAACAAGUUCCUUUUUCAAAUUUUUCUUUCCGCUUUGCAAUACCCCCUUCGUGACUCUCCUUUCAAAGAUUUUAUUGAAGAUUCCUCUUCUUUCCCUGCCCCCUUCUUUUUCUUCAGUGUCUUGGUUUCCCUGUUUUUUUUAUCCUUGCCGAUCAUUGCAUCAAAUAGGCCUAAGAGACAGGGGCUUUGAGGGGCUGCAGACUCCUAGUCAGGCGGAAUUUAUUGCAUUCAAAGCUCUAUUCGAGCAACUGUAUCUCAAUGAAGCAGUAAUAUUCGAGCAAGAUCCACACUAAGCCCCCUUUACGUUCACCAUCCGCUACGCUCAUGGACCUCACUACUCUGUCUAUCACCGACCCACUCUUGUCACUUGGGCUCACUGAGGCUCUGAAUUGUAUUGUUGAAAUUACCUCUGGUUUUCUAUAUAUUAGGAAUGCUAUUUGUGAAGUCAAUUUCUGAAGAAAGGCUUCAUAGAGCAUUAUUUAAAGCAAAUCAGGAACGGGGUCAAAAAAUUAUAAGAUGUUGCUCUGGAGGGAGAGCACAGAGUCUUAGAUGAGUGAGCCCCUUGUUGAUGCCAGAAGGUUUCUACUUCUAUAGAAAACUUUUUCUAAGAGCCCCGCUACCCCAAGCUUUAAUUCCCUUUCACUACUCAAAAAACAAUAUUAAUCAAGAAGAAAUAAUGAAAAUGUGAGAUUUUUUGGCUAAGUUAGCUUGAACACUUUUGCAACGCAGGGGCUCUAUCACCAUAAAUGACGGCUGAAAUGCUUUUAUUUUUGUAAUAUUUCUUUUAUUGAAAAGGUAUCUAGGCCAAGAUAACCUCUAACUUAGUAAAACAACAACAAAAUAACAUUAAUAAUAAUUAUAAUUAUAAAUUAUAAUACUGUCGGAGAUUGUUUGAGGGUCAGAGCCAGUGGCCGUCGCAUCCAACCACUCGACAUGUUGACCCCACGUGAUAUCCUGUGCCCUAAUGCCUACGCUGUGACCACACGACCCUACUUCCUGAUGCAAUAUGCAGGGACGCAUUGAAACCAAUCCCCAGAAACUUUGACAAACGCGACUUUCUUUUAUUUGUAGUAUAUUGUACACAACUGUUGAUAUUUACACUUCCACGCUAGGAGCAAAGAGAACGAUCGUUGGUCCAUGGACUAAAUUUGCUGUAGGAAUUCACUCGAUGUUGUCGGGUCUAAAGAUGAAUGGUCAAGGUUCUGCUGUAUUUCUGCUCUUGCUGUGGGUCUCUGCGUCGCAGAUAGCACUGCUAAAAGCAGUUUGUGCAGACAAAUUUCGCAUUUGUGUAACAACAAAAUCUUCAAGAGUAUAUCAAAAUCAAAAGUCAUACGAGAGCCCGGAAUUUCCAGAUCUGCAACUUUUGUUCAACAACGAUUUUAAAGCUGACAAUGUAUCGUAUGAGGACAUCAGGCAGCUGGAAUUUAAUGCUGCAAAUAUUGAUACUAUUGACCCCGAUGAACUUGGCAAAAUGGUAAACUUACAUGAGCUGUACAUAAAAGAUUGUAAAAAAAUCAAAAAGAUACCUCCAAAUGCAUUCAGAAAAAACAAACAACUUUAUAUAAUAAGCAUCAUAAACUGCAAUAUAGAAGAAAUAUCAAAGAGUGCUUUUGAUGGAGCGUUUGAAAAUGGUCUUUUAAAUGGAGCGCUAUAUUUGCAAAACAACAAGUUGAAAUCGUUUCCAAGAUUUUCAACUCACGUUCCAGGACUGAAAUCAUUACACUUAGACGGGAAUUACAUUACGGAGUUGAGCAGAGGCACCCUGAAAAACCUAUCUCAGCUAUACAUUCUGUCUAUGAAAAGCACUUCUCUUCAGUACAUCGGUGAUAAAACGUUUAGCGGAGAAAAUAAACUCGCAUUGUUCGAUGCAUCUGGAUCCGAAGAUUUGGAGCAUAUAAGCAAGAACGCCUUCGAAGGGGCCUCUGCACUGAUAACCUUAGGAUUGAACAACACAAAAAUUUCCGAAGUCCCUAGCAUUGGUCUAAGUAAUCUCGCUGAACUGCACCUAAAUGGUGUAACGUCGAUAAACAGUGUCUCAGAUGAAGUCAUUAACCUACCGAAACUUACAAAAGUUUACGUGGAUGAGCAGAGGCGGUUUCUUUGCUGUGCGUUCCUGCAUAGACGCGGUGAGACGCUGCGGUCUACAAAAAUACGAACUAACCGCACUAGAAAUUGUGCAACGAAUGCACCGAUUACAACAGCAGCAACGUCAACAAAAAGAACGGAUGGAGGCAAAUCGACGACGCUACGACCUACAGGCUCUACAACUACGGACCAUUUCGGUGGUGGUUUUGGUAGACGAAGAAGAGCACUGCUAUGGUUUGGUGACUGGGUGCCAUCGAACAAAACUGGCACGGAUCCUCUCAAAACAAGCCAUCCUUUCUUUACGGACAUGAAUAUAGGAACCCAUACCGUGGAGGAACGCACAGCUUUUUUUGAGUGUUUUAACCAAACGAAUUCGACGUACACAGAAAGCCAACGCCUCGAGCAGGUAACAUGCUAUCCUGAGCCUGAUGCAUUGCGUCCCUGUGUUGACAUAAUGGGCAACAGCUUUCUAACUGCGCUUUCAUUUAUCGUGUCAUUCAUUGCUGUCAUUAGCAACAGUGCCGUUUUCAGCAUUCUCAUCAUGAGUAGGAGGCAGUUCACCGUCACUAAGUACUUGAUCAUCAACCUUGCUUUCGCAGACUUAUGCUUAAGUUUGUACUUAUUCAUUCUCACAUGUGCAUCUAUUGAUACCACGGGCAAGUACUACAACUCCGUGUUCAGUUGGCAGUAUGAAGGGGGCUGUGACAUUGUCGGCUUUUUGGCUGUGUUUUCGAGUGAGCUUUCAAUGCUGAUAUUGACAGUAAUAACCAUAGAGAGAUAUCUAGCGAUUGUUUACGCAGUCUAUUUGCAGAAAAGGCUUAGUUUUCGUCAAGCUACAAUCCUGACCUCUGCCAGUUGGUUCAUUGCUGUGCUGAUUGCCUUGCUGCCUUUAGCCGGCAUUAACAGUUACAGGGAAGUUGCCAUAUGCUUGCCGUUCAACAUUGCCAACACAUCAGAUAUUGCCUAUCUUGCAUUCGUGUUUGGUUUCAACACACUGCUAUUCAUAGUGAUUGUAGGCUGCUAUCUAAAGAUCUACUGGGAGGUCGCGGGCCCGCGCUCAAGCGGACGCCCGCCAAAUCAAGGCAACGAUUCUUCAGUCGCAAAACGUAUUGCCUUGCUCGUGUUCACGGACUUUGCUUGCUGGCUUCCGAUCGCAAUCGUUGGAAUGAUAGCAGCGGCAGGCCAAAGCGCCAGUAUAAACAUGACAGUAGAGAAGAGCAAGUAUCUUCUUGUUAUAUUUUUCCCUAUCAAUAGUUUAUGCAAUCCAUUCUUAUACGCUCUUUCGACGCGAACGUUCCGACGGGAAUUUCUUAAUGUUCUCGUACAGUGCGGAUUUUGCCAAGAUCGUUUGCACAAGUACCAUACAAACACAUUCACUGGGCAUAGCAUUAAAGGUAAAUUGGAUCUGAAAGGUCGCCGUGCCACCGAAACCAUCAAUCUAUCGACUCUUACAUCAGUAAAUGGAAGCUCCACCGUAAAGGUAGGAACGCCGGUGUUAAACAGUACCAUGAAAGAUGCACCAGCUUCCAAUUGUGAAUCACAAAGGGAAAAGACAUAUUCUCCGUCACAAGAUCUGCUGAUUGUGCCAACGACCGCUAGUUCAACCCCGGACAACAAUAAUGGUUCAACCGAAAGCCAAUCAUAUACUGGUACAGACAGCAAUAACAAGAAUGCCCAAAAGUCAGAUUCAGUCUUUACAGAAAAUCUUCUUGAAAAACCAGAUAAUCAUCGAAGAACUGAAUCUACAAUACAACUGGCGAAUACAGCAGAAGAAUUUGAUUCCGCCAUCGAAACUGACAUUGCUUUUUAGCUUUGGAAGAAAGAUGUGCCAGUCGUGUACCACUUACUUUCGUGCUCCAGCUCAGAAUGUCUGGCUCUGGAUUUAACUAUCAGCCAUUGCGAAUUAAUCAGAAUCGCGAACUUCUGACAUAAGUGGAAUAUGGAGAUUUAAUGAUCAGACAAUCGUCUAUUUAUUAUAAUAGCAUAUAUUGAUCGGAAAUUGUUGAUAGCUGUAAUAUGUCACAAGCUUGGAAUAAGUCACAACCUGUUCUAAUCAUAUCAAAAUACCUGAUUGAUAACUUCUUUCGUCAGACUUUAGAGAUAAAUUACGAAACAGUGAACCUAACAGAGAGUUACUUUUCAUAAAACCAACAUUGAUAUUUUAGUGACAAUUUGACCCAUUAGUUGAUCUUUGGAAUUGCUUUUCGCCAAGAGAGUGCACCGCCGCUCCAACAAAUACAGAAAUAUAUUUUCAUUCCUUCAACGUUGCUACAAGGAUUUGUUUACACAUACCUAAAGACAAGGGGAAGCGGAUGCAAAUUUGCCCUUUAAAGUACAAAGAAAACAGGCACAUUUGGUAAAUAUUUGAUGCCCUGUUAAGUCACCCCACCCCCCCCCCUCCCUCUGGUAUUUUCUUGUCUCUUCUUGUAUCAGUGGAAAUAGCUGUGUUAAACUGCUAGUUACAUUCCAUAUGACUAUUUAUUUUGUUUCGUAUUAGUAGAGCAUACGAAUUCUAUGUUCUAGCUACCAAACUAUAAAUUAUCAAGGGUAUUCUAUAUAGUUCAAGCCAUGUUGAGGAUUCUUUCAACCCUGUCUCCAAAGGGACUGUUGAUUCAAGCAAGGUUCCUGGGUCCCCUCAUUUUGAGGCAUUGAUACAUAUACUUGAGUACUGCCUGAUGUUCGAAUAAAACGUUAUAUUUUUAUAUCACUUUAGUUAAAAAACAAUAAUGAUGUUGUUAAGUAAGUGAUUUGAAGUAUAUAUAUAUCAAUAACAAUUGAUAAUAUUGAUAGAUAUCAAUGGCUUCAAAUAGCGAUUUCCUUUAAUUAGCCCUAGAAAUAAAAUAAUUGUAUAUAUGCUUUAUCCUAUGUCGUCUCAAAGAGCACACAGAACUUGGUUGUAUUAUUGAUGUAAAGGUUUUGGAGCAACAUUUGAUUUGGCCGGCAAUACAAUGUAGAUACAUAGUUGAAAUGAAAGUAAUGCAGCUCUUUAUGGAUUAUUCAGUCUCUGAGAGAAAAAUUAACGCAAUAGACACCACUUGCCACGCUUAGUUAACAAACCAUGCUUAGUUAAAGUAUCAGGUUGAUAAGAUUUUUCGCUAGCUUAACUCUCAUCAUCCACCACUAAUCAUAAUAUUCAUAAAUGUAGGUAGAGAAAAUUCAUGUGUAAUUAGAAAAAUUACCCUCAUUGAUCUAAUUAUUUGUAUAUAACCAACAGAACUAUGAUUUUAAAAAAUUGAAUUGUACAUAAAAUCAAACAGUAUGAAAUUAUGUUAUUGCGAAAUUACAAAAGUCUGUUUUUUUGCACCUGCUUUUUCAAGAAGGUUGAAUUAAGAUCCGCAAAGUGGCUCUAGCUAGUCUGGAGCAAAGGAGGCCUAAUCCUGACAAUUUUAAGGAUGUAUUGCAGGUAACGAUAUUUUUUUUGUAUUUAAAUGACAAUGAAAGAAAAAGCAAAUAAUAUACUUGUAUUUAUUCCAAGUAAAGUUUCGCAAAAUGCAAUUACUUUUGAAACGGAAGUUUUUCUUGCCUAAGCUCCUAAAACACGUUCACAGAAAGUUCUCCAAGAAAUUGAUAAUACGGAUUGUUACUACACGGUUUUUCGCAGUUCCUUGACAAGCACAAACAUUUCAAACCUGCCAAUAACAGUGAGAGAACAUAAGAGUGACAAAGUUGUAACAUCAUAAGAAUAUAUUUUUAAGAAUAUUUUCGAUCACAUAAGCAAAAAGGAGAAGAUUUGAUGACUGUAAAUUUGCAAAAUCGGUUUCAUGAAUUUUCUGAGAUGUGGUCAGUAGAAGAACAAGAGUUUUCUAGGUGAACUUCUGUUGUUUUGACGAGGUUCAUAGGUUUGAGAACCAGGGCCAAAUUUCUGUGAUUUGAUGGGGAUAAGCCUUUCAGGUUAUGGGAACCAAAAAAAUCAAAAACAGUUUGCUAGGAUGUCAUCACGCUGCCGUUUAAUUAAGAAACUUCUUGUCUUGAAAGAGCUUUUCGCCUUGGCCUUUGCCCCCUCUAAUUCUGUAAUCCAGAAGACUGAUGCAAUGAUUUUUAAUGACGCCGUAACUGAGUUUCCAAGUCUAUAUUUUGAGUUUAUAUUAUAAAGUAAAUUGAUGAAAAAGGAAUUUUUAUUAACCAUAUGCUAAUGGAAAAUCCACUCUUUAACGGUCUACCUUCAAAAAGGCACAAUGAGUUCAAGGGUUUGUCAAUUAAAAACCUU